GCCGCCUUCUAAUCCGCCGCCAUCCUGAGCCCCGAGCCCCCAGCCCCCCCCGCCAACCGGCUCCCCAGGCACACCCGGCUCCCCACAACUACCACAGGCAGAUCGGGAACGGCGCAGAGAAAUUUCCUUACUCGAUGACCUUUCAUCGCAAUGUCCGAUCGUUUGGGGCAAAUAACCAAGGGAAAGGAUGGGAAAAGCAAGUACUCAACUCUCAGCCUGUUUGAUAAGUAUAAAGGAAAGUCAGUAGAAGCUAUCAGAACUACAGUUAUUCCUAGACAUGGCUUACAGAGUCUCGGGAAAGUUGCUGCUGCCCGGCGCAUGCCCCCUCCUGCCAACUUGCCAAGUUUGAAGUCUGAGAACAAAGGAAACGACCCCAAUAUCAUCAUCGUACCUAAGGACGGUACAGGAUGGGCAAACAAGCAGGACCCGCCAGACCAAAAGAGUUCCAGUGCCACGGCCACACAGCCGCAGGAAUCGCUGCCGCAGCAGGAUUUGCAGAAAUCUGCCUCCAGUUUACAGAAGCUGACACAAUCAAUCAGUCAGGAGAGUACAAAUUCAGCCCCAGGUGGACCAAAGUCAUGGGCACAGCUGAAUGGAAAGCCAGCCAGACACGAAGGUGGUUCAAGGGCCUCAAGCCGACUGUUAUCCUUCUCUCCCGAGGAAUUUCCAACACUGAAAGCAGCUGGCGAGCAGGACAAGGUUGGCAAAGAAAAGGGCGUCUUAGAUCCGUCGUAUGGGCCCGGACCAAGCCUCCGCCCCCAGAAUGUCACAAGUUGGAGGGAAGGCGGAGGCAGAAACAUAACUUCUGCCACAUCUCUGACCGCCUCCCUGACUGAGCUGGGCGCAAAGACCGUGAGCGCAGGAGACGGAACCCCCUCCUCAGCGAACUCCAGCGACCCGAAGGAGCCCUCCCUCCGCCCAACUCAGCCGAUCCGCAAAGGGGCCGCGCAGUUCAUGGCCAAUGUGUACCAGCCACCAACCUACCAUGACAUGCUUCCAGCUUUUAUGUGUUCAAACCAGCCACCUGAGACGCCCGGAACACUGGACCGUGGGUCAUUUCCCCUCCCGCAGUUUCGCCUGGAACCCCGUGUCCCUUUCAGACAGUAUCAGACCAACGACCAAGAUGGGAAAGAUAACCGAGUUGGGAUGUCACGCCCGGCUCGUCCGGUCCGACCACAAGGAGAGCGGGUCCCCCGACCCACCAUCAUCAAUGCAGAGAACCUGAAGGGGCUGGACGAACUCGACAAUGACGCAGACGAUGGAUGGGCAGGCAUCCAUGAUGAAGUGGAUUACUCUGAGAAACUGAAAUUCAGCGAGGACGAGGAGGAGGAAGACACCCAUAAGGACGGAAGGCCAAAAUGGAACAGCUGGGAUCCCAGAAGGCAGCGACAGCUCUCCCUGAGCUCAGCGGACAGCGCAGAUGCCAGACACCCCCAGGAGGAAGCCAAGAACAACUGGGGUGACCCAGCUGGCCUGACGCGGCCAGGGCGGAUAGCUCAAGAUAACCUGCUUCCCUCCAGGAAGGUGAACGGCUGGACCCCCCUUUCGGACUACCAGAAACCUCCUCUGGCGUGCCUCCGGCAGCAGUCUUCCGAGGAUAAGGAGGAGAAGUUGACCCUGAGGCAGAAGUUUGUCCACUCUGAAAUGUCGGAGGCGGUGGAGCGGGCCAGGAGGCGGCGGGAGGAGGAGGAGCGCCGGGCGCGGGAGGAGCGCCUGGCCGCUUGUGCCGCCAAACUGAAGGAGCUGGAUCAGAAAUGCAAGCUGGCUCAGAAAACGGGAGACGGCCACAAACACACGGAGGCUGAAGAGCCCAGGCCCUCCGGUGCGGAGAAGAGCGCCCCGCCUGAGAACAGCCAAGCCGCCCGGAGAAGUACAGCAAACCCGGAGUUUCAUACCCAGGAAGCCUCUUCCGGUUACGUCGAAGAAGAGAUCCCGGCCGUGGCGGCAUCCCAUCGGAGCAGCAGCGAGGAGGAGCUCAGAGAGACUGCGUCUCCGGCGCAGGAAUUCAACAAGUACUCAAAGCUGCUUCCUCCGCGGUUCCAGCGGCAGCAGCAGCAGCAGGACCAGCUGUACAAGAUGCAGACCUGGCAGUCGCCGCAGGUCUACCCGCCCUCCUCCCACCCCCAGCGGACCUUCUACCCUCCCCACCCGCAGAUGUUGGGCUUCGACCCCCGCUGGAUGAUGAUGCCCUCCUACAUGGACCCCCGCGUGGCCCAGGGACGCCCCCCUGUGGACUUCUACCCCUCCGCUCUUCAUCCGUCAGGUAAAGCAGGGGAGUGGAACCCCUGUCAGCCCCGCGGGCCAGAUUCCGUUUCAGAGACGUUCUCGAGGGCCGCCGUCCAGUGGUGGGCGGGGCCAAAGGCCGCGCUUCAGGACCCGUUCGAUCCUGCACCGUUAUUCUCAGCAGGGGUCAUGAAACCUGUGACCCAGCAGGACUCCAUGAACGGCAGCGGCUGUCCGUCGGAGCAGCAGAGCUUCCAGGCCUCGCCGCAGCAGGAGAGGAAAGGCGCUCCAGUAGAGCCGGCCCCGGUGUGGGGUCAGGAGAGCUACGCCCCCUUGCCAAGCAAGGGCUGCCCCAUUGCACGCCCCAAGCAGACCGAGGGGCUAGCCAGGGAGGGGCUGCAGGCCAGGAAUGAUAACUCUUAUUCCGGGCAGUGUAGCAUAAACGCUUCUCACGAUCUCUUCGAAAAGUCCGGGGAGGACUACUUAAACGCCUUCGACAAAAAGCCCCAGGCAAAUUUUGACAGUUGCGUUGCCUCCUCCCAAAGAGCGAGUCACGACCGCCUCUUCCAGCACCCAGAGUGCGCCCCAGACGCUUCCGACCCUCGGCACGCAAACUUGAGGAGUUCCCCCUCGGAGUCCGGCUUGGCCCACGCUGAGAAGCCAGAAUACAACAGCUGGGAUGUCAGCCAUUAUCAGAAACCCUCAGAGGUGGCCGCGUCCGCGGAGGAAGAGGCGUCCCGGGAAGAGCAGCACUUUGGUGCCGAGACGUGGAAGAAAGACGGGCCUGCUGACAAACCGACCGGGUGGACUCCAGAGGCCCGGAACGCCGGCGGCCAGCAGCAGGAGCAAACGGGGAGGGCUCGUAGAUCUGGCCCGAUUAAGAAGCCGGUGCUGAAGGCUCUCAAAGUGGAGGAGAAGGAGAAAGAGCUGGAGAAGGUGAAGGUGGAAGGAGAAGACUCCGGCCACCCAGCGAAGGAGAAGGCCCCGCCUCACCAGGUGGAAGAGGACGACAGUGACCCCGCAGCUCCGCUCCCCUCGUCCCACUACCACUUGCUGGAUGAGAAGUGUUCCGCUCGGGCUGCUGUCCGAGAACCCGAGAAACCCCACGAGGUAGAGGAGGAGGAGGAGGAAGAACCGGAAGAGGAGGAAGAGGAGGAGGAGGAAGAGGAGGACGAGAACAGUGGGAAGGUUUGGGAGAGCAAGCCUCUACCGAGGGAGUCCGGUGACCUUCCCCCUACCAAGAGAAACAACUGGAUCUUUAUCGACGAGGAGCAGGCCUUUGGUGGGAGGGGCCGCGGCCGGGGCCGGGGCUUCAGAGAGUUCACGUUCCGAGGCCGUGGCAACGCCGUGGGCUGCGGUGGUGGCAGCAGCAGUACCAGGGGUGCCUACAACAGCAACGCCAGCAGUGUCCACAGCGCCCAAAGAAGCAGCAGAGGACGGGCCCUGAGGGAGUUCAACCAGCCGGAGGAGUUUCCUCGCGGGAAGCCCCGGCGCAGGAUUGCUAGCGAGACCCACAGCGAGGGCUCCGAGUACGAGGAGCUGCCCAAGCGCCGCCGCCAGAGAGGCUCCGAGAACGGCAACGAAGGGUCCCUCGUGGAAAGGGAAGAGAGCGACCUCAAGAAGGGAGACUUCCACGACUCCUGGAGGUCCAAUAAGAUUUAUUCGGAGGACCACGGCGGACUGGAUGCCAGGGCCAGGGCCCCACGAGCUUUCGGGCGGUCGCUGCCCCCGAGACUAAGCAACUCCGGGUACGGGCGGAGAGGCUUUGUUCCCAAGGAGCCUUCCCAGUGGCAGGGCAGGAGCGGGGGGAGCGGCUGGCCGGAAUAUGGCCCCAGCGCCCCUCUGGACGCCUUUGGGGUCCGGCGCCAGCCUGAGAGGGAGUACGGCCAAGAUUCUUACAAACACCCAGACGCCUUCAGCCGGCGGGCCUUUGAGGAAGACCCCACCGACAAGAGGCACUACUUCCAGGAGGAUUACGGGGGGGACCCCGAAAACGCGGAAAACCGGCCUUUCCGCCGCCGUCGGCCGCCUCGCCAAGACAAGCCGCCCCGGUUCAGGCGCUUGAGACAGGAGCGCGAGUCCGUGGGGCAGUGGAGCCCCGAAGACGGCGGGGCCAACCCCUCGGCCUGCCAGUGGCCCGGGCGAGCCAAGCUGACCGCGGCAGAUAGGAACGGCGCCUCCACCCGGAGAUCCCCUGAGCUGCCCUACCAGAACUCCUCUGACCACGCCAACGAGGAGUGGGAGACGGCGUCGGAAAGCAGCGACUUCAGCGAGCGGCGGGAGAGGCGCGGAGGCGCCUCGGAGAACGAGGCCCCAGCGGACGGUGGGCUCGGCAGCGGCGGCGGCGGCGUGGGAGAGAAGCGGGAACUGGCGAAGAGGAGUUUUUCCAGCCAGCGGCCCGUGGUGGAUCGGCAAAGCCGGAAGUCCGAUCCCGCAGGGUUUGGGGAGAAAGCCGUCCGAGCCGGCGGCAACGGAGCGCCCUCCCGCUACGAGAGCCAGCCGAGUGGGGCCCAGGUGAAGAGCAAAAGAUCUCCAGAAGACAGCGGGGGCCUUGACGCCGGCGGCAACCACUCGGUUUACAGCUCCCACUCCAACUUGAACGGCGCCGAAGGGCUGGGGAGAAACCCGGACCGGGAGCCCAAACCCGCAGCCCAGAAAGCAGGCGAGAAGGGAGACGCCAUCUCUCAAUUUGAGCUGAGCUAUGGCAACGGAAUCGCGGAUAGCCGGCUCUCGGGCCCCGUGGAAGAGAACGACGUGGCCCCGUUGGGGAGCGAAGGCUUCAUUGAAGUUCUGACCAAGAAGCAGCGGCGUUUGCUGGAGGAGGAACGAAGGAAGAAAGAGCAAGCGGCCCAGGCUCCGGCCAAAGGCCGUGUCCUCCAGUCUCGCAUCCCACCUCGCUUCGCCAAGAAACAGAACAGCAUGUGCCUCGAGCAAGGAGACGUGUCCGUGUCUGGAAACAGCCUAGGCACAGAGAUCUGGGAGUCCAACAGCCCAGCCCUCGCCGUUCAGUCGCCUGGCACCGAUUCUUGGAGCAAACCCGUCAACGCCUUUACCAGCAGCGAAUCCAGCUCUACUGAGGGGUUUAAAAGCAGUCAGGGCGAUAGCGGCAUCGACUUGAGCGCGGAGUCGCGGGAAUCCUCCGCCACGUCCUCUCAGCGCAGUUCCCCGUACGGCACGCUCAAACCCGAAGAGAUGAGCGGAGGUGGCCUUUUGGACCCCAAGCCGGACGGCCAGAAAGAGCCGGCUCCGAAGCAGGUGGAGAAAAAGGAUUCAGAACAAGGCUUGAGUCAGAACAGAGACCACAAACCGGGACCGAUCGGCAACGAGCGCUCCUUGAAAAACCGGAAGGGCUCAGAGGGAGCGGAGCGCCUCGAAGGCAGCGUCCCCCCGGUCAACGGGGUGGAGAUCCACGUGGACCCCGUCCUUCCCGUGCCGCCCAUUGAGUUUGGCGUCAAUCCUAAAGACUCGGAUUUCAGUCUGCCCCCUGGCUCAGCCUCUGGUUCAGCAGCUAACCCCGUCACAAAACUACAGGAUGCCUUGGCCAGCAAUGCUGGGAUCACCCAGUCCCUCCCCGUUCUCCGAAGAGAUCAUCACCUCCCGCGAUGCAUCGGUUUGAACCCCAUGUCUUACCCUACGACAGACCUCACUCUUAAAAUGGAGUCGGCGCGCAAAGCUUGGGAAAACUCCCCCAGUCUCCCGGAACAGAGCUCGCCCGGAAGCGCCGGGUCCGGCGUCCAACCUCCUUCCAGCGUCGGGGCUUCCAACGGCGUCAGCUACAGCUCCUUCGGCGGCGUUUCCGUGCCGCCCAUGCCGGUAGCUUCCGUAGCGCCGUCGGCUUCAAUUCCAGGACCGUUAUGGCCAAGGCGUGGAGAAGUAGGAUUCUGGAGCUCAGUAUGGGGUGGGACCCCUGUACCUUUGAUGGCCGGGUGGAAGGGAGAUGGGAACCACAUCCCGCCCCUGUAUUUGGACGGCCACGUCUUCGCCAGCCAGCCCCGCCUCGUGCCCCAGACGAUGCCGCAGCAGCAGAGCUAUCAGCAGGCAGCCGCUGCUCAGCAAAUUCCACUCUCCCUCCACACAUCGCUGCAAGCCCAGGCUCAGCUCGGGCUGAGGGGCGGCCUUCCGGUUUCACAGUCCCAGGAGAUCUACAGCUCCAUCCAGCCCUUCAGGUCUCAGGUCUACAUGCAUCCCAGCCUGUCUCAACCCAACACCGUGGUCCUGACAGGAGGCACCACUCUGAAGCCCCCCUAUUCCGCCUUCCCGGGUAUACAGCCUUUGGAGAUGGUGAAAACGCAAUCCGGAUCCCCUUACCAGCCGGUGAACGGGAGCCAGGCCUUAGUUUACGAAGGCCAGAUCAACCAGGCGCCCGGGAUCGGAGCUUCACAGAUGAUGGACUCCCAGCUCACCCAGCUAACGAUGCCGAUGCCCGGGUCCCAGCUUCCAAUGCCCCGUUACGGUUCUGGCCAGCAGCCCCUGAUACUGCCACAGUCCAUCCAGCUGCCCCAGGGCCAGAACCUGUCUGUUGGAGCUCCGCGCAGGAUUCUUUCGCCCGGCUCCCAGCCGUCUGUCCUUGCUACAAGCAGGGAGUCCUCUCACGUGGAAAUGAAAGGGUUCCACUUCGCUGACGCUAAACAGAACGUGCCCACGGGAGGAGCUAUUCCGUCGCCUCAUGCAUAUAGGCCUAGUUCUGCCAGUCCCAGCGGGAAAUCCUCUGGACCAGCCGUCAAUAUGAGCUCCGUGCAGGGGCAUUACGUCCAGCAGGCGAAACAGCGGGCGGACGAAAACAAAACCAACCUUGGAGCUGUGAAACUGCAGGAGCCCCCCUCGGCGAGUCAAACGAAGCCCGUGCGCACCGGAGCAAUCAAGCCCCAGGUGGUCAAAGUAGAGGAGAGCAAGGCCUGAGCGGUCGUGGCCCCCCUCCCUGGAUGCCUGCCUGCCUGAAAGAGAGAGAGAGAGAGAGAGAGGGGUUCUGCAGACCAUCCGACAUUCCCCGCCCCACCACCACCUCCACCAGCCCAAGCCGCGCUGUCUUGACUCCUUCUCCUGACACAGCUGCCCUUGAGCAGUGGGCCUUUUGACCUCGGCCUGCUUUCUUGAAAACGAACAAACAAAAAAGGCAACACACACACACCCCACACACACACACCGCUGCCUCCUGGACUUGUUGAGCGUCUCUGGCUGCUUUCUUUUCCUAGUCUCCGUGUGCAAAUAGCAGCAAAGCUUCUCCUCCUGUCUCAGCAAGAGCGCCCAAUGCAGGGAGGGCGUGCCAUGAAAGCUUUCCUUCUUUCUCUCUCUCUCUCUCUCUUUCGGCUGCUGAUGUUUUUAACAACAACAGGAUGCUGUGUCUUUUGUGUUAUAGCUGGACGUUUCUGUGUUCUCUCUUCCUUCCCCUUCUAUUACUACCACUUCUCUUCCUUCUCCUCCUCCUCCUCCCCGGUCAUCCUGGAAGAGAAAUCCCAAGGCCAAAAUCAUGUACUUGGACGGACCCCUCCUCUUCGUUGGGUGGAGUGGGGCGGAGUUCCUGCAUCCUACACUGAGUCUGCUGCGCUCUGAAAUGGAUCUGUCGUAGGCCUUCAGCUCCUUAAACCAAAUACUGGAUCGGGCAUCUCCGGGCAUCCCCCAAACCCCCUUUUCCUCUAGAGGCAGAGCUUGCUUUAGGAGUAAAAUGUGUACGCAAAGCAAUUUGUAGUAGGUGCAACGCAACGAAUCUCCGUGUCCGUCCGGCUCAGCUACAGCUCUGGGAUGCCUCCCCUUCGCCCCACACGGCAGGAAAAGAAAACCCAGCCUCGCUCUCGUUUCAAGAAACUGCGCCGAGUUCCUCCCACGAGAGCCAUGCCAACCCAGCCAUCGACGUGGAGUUUGGGGUUGUUUUUAUUUUUUGCGGUCUUCUGGGAACGGUCGGGAUUGGGACUGGAGGGAACGUUUCAGGGUAGACAUAAAGCAGAGUCCGUUAAGGCAUCUCCUUUCCUGGCAUGGAUCAACAGAGGGGGCUCGAUCCGGCCUACCUUUUGUUCUUACAAUGCUUGCUUACUCUUUCCCUCCACUCCAUUUUCCAUGGUUCCCCCCCCCCCCCCGCAUGGUCUCUCUCCCUUAUCCCCCGCUAUGGAUUUCUUAUAACAUCCUGACUGAUCUUCAUUUUAAUUUUGUGGGGUUUUUUUUUCUCCUUGUUUUAAGUUCUUUUGGGGGACGACGACAUUGGGAGGAAUGCUCUAGACCUUUUCUCCUUUUCCUGCUUUCCUUCCCUGCUUGUACAAAUCACUCCUGAAGCAAAACCUUCACAGCACGCCAGAGCAGCUAGAAGACUUUAUUCCUUAGAAAAGAAAUUACCGUGUGCCGGGGAGUUUUAUUUUAUCCUCUUUCUCCCCCCCCCCCCCCACUUCUUUUCUCUCUCUCUCUCUCUCUCUC